CUGUUCCCUGAUUCCAACCAUUCGUCGAUCCCACCGGCAAGAUCCAUUAAAAAAAAAAAUUUCAAAAAGAAGAAAUAUGGAGAACUCCGGAGAUUGGGAGCAGAAAACUUUGCUUAAUGAGCUAAUGCAGGGCAAAGAUCUGGUGAAGCAGCUCCAGAUGCAUCUUGAUCCAUCUUCUUCCGACGACAAGAUGCGCAAUUUGUUUGUGGAGAAGAUACUAUCUUCCUACGACAAGGCACUGUCCAUGCUCAAAUGGGGCGGUUCAGAUGCAGUGGGAGCCACCGCCGGCAUGUUGGGCUCUCCCGGCUCCGACAGUGGAAGCCUCCUCAGUGAGGACUCCGAUCGCAGAGACAUUUAUAAGAAAAGAAAGAUAUUGCCCAGAUGGACAGAACAAGUGCGGGUUAGUUCAGAAACUGGAAUCGAAGGACCUCGUGAUGAUGGCUAUGGUUGGAGAAAAUAUGGCCAGAAGGACAUUCUUGGAGCCAAAUAUCCAAGAGGCUAUUACAGAUGUACCCAUCGAAAUGUUCAGGGCUGUUUGGCUACAAAGCAAGUGCAAAGAUCGGAUGAAGACUCAUCAAUCUUUGAAGUCACCUACCGGGGAAGACACACCUGUAUCCAAGCAUCAUAUAUGGUAUCAGCAAUGAGGUCAUCAGAGAACUCAAAGCAAGGGCCCAAGCAAGACCAUGUCCCACAGAAACAGCAAAAUCAACAAGAAGAAGAACAGAAAACACAGGAGAUACUCUUGGACUUCAGAACUGGUCUGAAAGUGAGGACCCAAGACUUGGACACUACUGUGGAGAACCAAUUCAUGAGCUCCCCCUCCUUCUCCUUGCCUUCUAUCCCAAUUGGAUGCUUAAAGACUGAAAACCAUAUCUUCUCUUCACCUACAGUGGACCAUGAUUUCAUGGGCAGCUUCUCUCCUUCCUUUGUAUACCCAGUGACAACUGAAUCAAACUAUUUCCCGGUGUCACCGUGCCGGGUCAACAGCUUUGGAGGUGAUGGAUCUCAGAAUUUGCAGACAUCUGAAUGUGAUCUGAAUGAGAUUAUCUCAGCUGUUACAUCAGCAACCAAUUCUCCCACUGUGGAUUUGGAUUUCCCAAUUGAAUUCGACCCUUAUUUUCCAUUCAAUAGCCCUGACUUCUUCCCUUCAUGAAACUGAAAUCUUCAUUUUAACAAUUGGAAUACACUUGGAAUCUAUUGAGCCUUUCUAGUUCCUUGGUGUAGUAGCAUCAGGCCUGUCUUUGUGUUAUUGAAGCUUCCUCUAUUCCUAGUUCAAGAGAUCUUUUUUUCUUUUUCUUCUUAAAAUUUUUGAGAGCUAUAACCUGAAAAUGGUGUGUAGAGAUUCUUAACCCAUCCUCCCCUUGUUUCCAUCUUGUAGUUAAUGUAUUUUUUUAGCAGUUCUCUUCAUCCUAA